GGCGAGUUCCUCAGGGUGGGGCGAAUCACCGGGCAGACAGUCGCUACCAAUAGAAAGAGGAAAGCGCGGUUAAGAGGACGGGCCGGGGGCGGGGCCGACAAAACCCCGAAGGAAGAAGCGCCGCGAGAGACCAUGAAUAUCCUCCCAAAGAAGAGUUGGCAUGUUCGAAAUAAGGACAACGUCGCCCGUGUGCGGCGGGACGAAGCCCAGGCCCGCGACGAGCAGCGGGAGCGGGAGAGGCGGGCGCUGCUGGCCCAACAGGAGGCUCGAACCGACCUCCUCCGGAAAAGAGCCCGCCGCGGAACGCCGCUUCCCGGCGCGGGGGCGGGAGCGGCCAUCGAGGACCCUCGCCCCGUGGACCUGUUUCGGGAGCUGGUAGAGGAAGGGAAGGGGACGAGCUGUGGCAACAGGGACUACGAGGAAGAAAAGAGGCAGGAAAAGGAACGACAGGAAAGAGCCCUGGGGGUCCUGACCUACCUGGGCCAGAGUGCUGCAGAGGCGCAGACUCAGCCCCCUUGGUACCAGCUCCCCCCCAAGGCCAGGGACACACAGGGUGGCCCCGCACCCGAUGAAAAAGCCAAGAGCCACCUGGACCCACUUCGGGAGCUUAAGAGGCAGCUGGGCAAGAAGCAGCAGAGCAGAGGCGGCAGAGAGGGGGGCAGCCGUCCCAAGGAGCCAGGGAAGCGGCGCCUCGAGAGCCCUGGAAGCACCUCUUUGGAGCAGCUUCGGGCGGAGCGCCUGAGGAGAGAGGCCUCAGAACGGGCCCGGGCAGAGGCGCUCAUGGCCUCGGUGCGCGGAGAGCAGCCGCAAGAGGAGGCCGAUGAGCGCAAGAGGCGCUACAAUUCUCAGUUCCACCCCCAGCUUGCCCGGCCCCCUCGGCGCUAGGACCGCAGAUGUCAUAUAAAACUAUUUAUUCAUAAAUAUCUUCAAAAAUGAAAAUAGGUUUACGAAAAACAAGUCCUUCCCCAGCUGGGGAGGGGGGGGAGAGUCCCUGGCCUGGAGAGCUGCCCC